UCCACCCUCUGUGCCGGCUGACCGGAACUCAGCUCCGCAGUCUCAGCCCUGGAAAAGUGAUUCCAGCAUCCGAGAGCCGACAUGCCGGUCCACUUGCUGCAAGAAGAGAUGUCUAGCUCCUACACAACCACCACCACCAUCACAGCGCCUCCCUCCAAAAUGCUGCAGAAUGAAGGAGGCAAGUUGGAGAAGACUUUGGUACACUUGGAGGAAGAAAUCCGCCCGGAAAUGAAAGAUGAUAUCUAUGACCCAACCUACAAGGAUAAGGAGGGUCCAAGGCCCAAGACUGAGUAUGUCUGGAGAAACAUCAUCCUUAUGUUUUUGCUACAUUUGGGAGCCCUGUAUGGGAUCAUACUGUUUCCCACCGGCCAGUUCUACACCUGGCUCUGGGUGUUUUUCUACUAUAUGAUGAGUGCCCUGGGCAUAACAGCAGGAGCUCAUCGCCUGUGGAGCCACCGAACUUACAAAGCUCGGCUGCCUCUGCGUGUCUUCCUGAUCAUUUGCAACACGAUGGCGUUCCAGAACGAUGUUUAUGAAUGGGCCCGAGACCACCGUGCCCACCACAAGUUUUCUGAAACGGAUGCUGAUCCUCACAAUUCCCGACGUGGCUUUUUCUUCUCUCACGUGGGUUGGCUGCUUGUGCGCAAACACCCAGCUGUCAAAGAGAAGGGCAGUUUGCUGGACUUGUCUGACCUAAAAGCUGAGAAGGUGGUGAUGUUCCAGAGGAAAUACUACAAACCCGCUAUCCUGUUGAUGUGCUUCAUCGUGCCCACCCUUGUGCCAUGGUAUUUCUGGGGUGAAACUUUUCAACACAGCUUGUUUCUUGCCACUCUCCUGCGUUACACCAUGGUGCUCAAUGUCACCUGGCUGGUGAACAGUGCUGCCCACCUCUACGGCUAUCGCCCUUAUGAUAAGAACAUUAGCCCCCGAGAGAAUAUCCUGGUUUCAUUGGGAGCUGUAGGUGAGGGCUUCCACAACUACCACCACUCCUUUCCCUACGACUACUCCACCAGCGAGUACCGUUGGCACGUCAACUUCACCACCUUCUUCAUCGACUGCAUGGCUGCCCUCGGUCUGGCUUAUGACCGGAAGAAAGUGUCCAAGGCUGCCAUCCAGGCCAGGAUUAAGAGAACUGGAGAUGGAAGCUACAAGAGUGGCUGAGUUUGAGUUCCUCAGGUUCUUUUUCAAAAGCCAGUGGGGCAGAGGUUUAAUGUUCUGUUUAUUAACUACUGAAUAAUGCUAACAGGAUGCUAAAGAUGAUGACAUUAACCUAUUCCAGUACAGUAUUCUUUUAAAAAUGCAAAAGUAUUGAAAGCCAA